AUGUCAUCUAAACAACAACAACAACUACAAUUACAACUAAAAAUCAAAUAUUUGAAAUUAAAAAGAAUUAAUGAAUUAAAUAAAAACUUGAGGGAAGAACUUAGUCGUGAAAGAAUCACCGCUUCCAAUGCUUGUCUUAGUCUAAUUAACUAUAUCCAAACAACAAGAGACUAUACAUUACCUGAAAUAUGGGGAUAUCCACCACCAAAUUCAAAUCAUUUUAUAACAAAUAGGUACCAUAAUAAUAGAUAUAAUUCUAAUAAACAUGAACAUUACAAUGACUCUUCAAAUGGAUGUUGUACAAUCAUGUAA